AUGAAGAGGAACAUUUUUAGGGUGAGGUGCGCGGCCAGAAUGUACGCUCGCGCAAGUGGGGGAGAAGCGAAUGGAAGGCAGGCGGACGAAUGUGGUGCUGCUGAUGUUACGACCUCCCCCCCCCCUCCUAGUGAAGGCAACUGGUGCAGUGCUCCCCCCACGUGGGGGAGAGGGAUAAUGUUCUCGUCCAUUGAAAGCGCUAUGAAGAAUUCAUUGUGGGCACCUCACGUGAGAAAAUACAGAAGUGCGAAGAUCAAAUGGACUCAACUUCCAACCCUAAGCGGAAUGACUAAAAGACGCAACGGAGGUGCAGCAGGAGCAGCAACAGGACAUAAGAGAAGAUCCGUUUUGUACCCCCCCAUUGGAAAUUCUCCUCCAACUCAAAUAAAUGAAAUACUAAUGCUACUAGACAAGAAUCAGAAAGACAUGUCGUUAAUAAAAUAUCUUUUUAUGGUUAACUGUAUAAUUAUGAUAUGUCUCCUUUUGGGUUCUGUUAAUAUAUUUUUAGGUGAUUCUAUUAAUAAAUACGUUUUAAUACAAAUUGAAAAAGUACUUUCAGAUGUGAAGAAUUCUUCUAAGGCGCAAUCAAUUAUUAAAGGAAUGCUAAACGAUAUCUUAUAUAGUGUAGUGAAUGAUGAGUAUAACAAAAAUGCCACCACGAAAUUUUUCGUGGACACUCUCUACAGUUCGAAGAGUGAAGUGGGAAAUGUAUUCACAGAUGUGUUACAAACAGAGCAUGUAAGGAAUAGUCUUAAGAGUGUUUUCCUUGAAGUUUCAAAUUACUUGUGUAACAAUGAACAAGUUCAAAUGAAAGUUUAUCACCUCCUGUCGGAAGCCAUACACCUACCUAUUGCUAUUGACACAUCUAAGAGGUGGCUCAACGACCUGUUCAGGUCAGAAAGUGUAACAAGCAAUGUUAGAAAAAUUAUACGUGAAGAAAUUUUUAACAAUGACCAAAUGAUUAACGGCUCCAUUGUGUUCAUUCAAAAUGCUUUAAUCAAUGCCAUGCAUGAUAAAAAAACCAAGGACGUGAGUAAGUUAUUCUUUGCUUCUAUAAUUGCUAACCCAGAGUUUCAACAACAGGUUUCAGGAAGCCUCUGGAAGAUUGUUAAGAUGGCUCUGUCCCCUAAGUGGAUAAGCUAUGAAGGAGAUCAUGUUGAUUUCAAAGUGGGUAUACAGUCACAGAAGAGUAAACGGGAUGAGGUACGCGUGUACAAUAACUCCCUCUUGGAAGCAGGAAAUAAUCAUGUCGGCACGAUUAGUUGUGAUGUUAAACAUGUUAGCGAUGACCUUGCGGAGGACCCUUCACAAGAGACGGGCACCGGUAGGAACGAGCUGCUGUCGUUGGGUCAGAACAUGCGAGGAAAUGUGCUUAGUGAAGAAGAAGCCCCUUUGGACGGGAGCCAAAUGCAAAAGGGGGGAGAGGUUGCAGGAGAUAUGAAACAAGUCAUGAGUGAAAUGAAAAAUGUGAUUAACCUUUUUGAAAAUGCACACAUAUGUGAUGGGCAUACGGACGUAACGGAGUGUGAGCAGAUGUACGCUGGGCAACAAUUUCAAAUGGGCAUGGCAAGAAGUGCAAAACGUGUGGAUGUGGUAAAUGUGGAGGAACUACGAAGCUUCCUUUCUACUUCCAACCCGAGUGAGAAGAAUGCUACCCCACUAAGUGCCAUCCCCAUUUGUAAAAUUAAAAGCCUUAAGGAAGAGGGGGCAGCAGUCCCCUCAGGAAUGGUAGUACUUCCUGGCGAGGCACCCCUUGGCACCACGUCGCCAAGCCAUGCUGCACCGAGUAACCGUGCAGUGACCCCCGCGGGAGGAUUCGCAUGGAGAGUCAAAUUUUUUUUGCUCGACGCGUACCGAUUCUACGUGCAAAAGUAUUACUUCUACUACUACUACGUGGAGCGGGUCAAGGGGGUCCUGCAGAAGGCGCUGGGGGUGAAGUUCUUCUGA